GUCUGCGGUGGUCUUCUUCGGAGGCCUGAGUGUUGCCUGCAUGGUGGAUGCCUGAUCUGUGGGUGUGAUUGGACUCUGGCCUCCCAACCAAACCUCAAAUGAGGGAUUAUUGUUGCCAUGGGAACAAGUACAGCAUUGUGUCCAACAACUUACCAGAGGAGGAGCGUCUGAAGAUCUGCACCUUGGAUCUCCAUAACGGUCUCAGUUCCUCCGACGUUCGAUCACGCUCGGCCUGCGAUACAGAACUAGAGGAGAAGCGGAAAAGGAGGAGGCGGACAGCAGCCUCCGCUGCUGUCCCCGGCGCACGGGGACAAGGAGGGAUGAACAACUACAACGGGAGGGUUCUGACAAGGGGCUCCAGCCAGGUACGGAGCCGCUUUGUGAAGAAGAACGGACAAUGUAAUGUGGUCUUCACUAACAUGGAGGAAAAGAGGCAACGCUACCUCGCAGACAUCUUCACCACCUGUGUGGACAUCCGCUGGAGAUACCUGCUGCUUAUAUUCUGCACCAGCUUCAUCAUCUCCUGGCUUUUCUUUGGCCUCAUCUUUUACAGCGUCUCGCUUUCCCACGGGGACUUUGAGGAGCAUCUUGUGGUGAAAGGUGAGGGAAUAGCCGCGGGCGGGGUGUAUUCACCCAACUCGGGACACACUACGGACGGACAGAAGAAAAGAAUGCCUUGCAUCCUCCAUGUCCAGGGAUUUGUCGGUGCUCUCUUGUUUUCCAUGGAGACACAAACCACCAUCGGCUACGGCUGGCGCUGCGUCACCGAAGAGUGCCCCGUGGCUGUCAUCACAGUGGUUGUUCAGUCCAUCGUGGGGUGCAUCAUUGACUCUUUCAUGGUUGGCACCAUUAUGGCCAAGAUGGCGCGGCCAAAGAAAAGGAACCAGACCCUCGUGUUCUCCAAAAACGCUGUCAUCGCCCUUCGUGACGGCAAGCUGUGCCUGAUGUGGAGGGUGGGGAACUUGCGCAAGAGCCACAUUGUGGAGGCUCAUGUCCGGGCGCAGGUCAUCCGCUCCUACGUCACGGCAGAAGGGGAAUUCAUCCCACUGGAGCAGAUGGACCUCAAUGUGGGCUACGACGAGGGCACAGACCGGUUGUUUCUAGUAUCCCCGCUGGUUAUCGUCCAUGAGAUAGACAAAGACAGCCCCCUGUACAGCGUAAGCCGAGCUAAUCUGGAGACGGAUGAAUUUGAGAUUGUUGUGAUCCUGGAGGGAAUGGUGGAGGCCACAGCCAUGACAACGCAGUUCCGUAGCUCUUACCUUUCCAGAGAGAUCUUCUGGGGCCACAGGUUUGAGCCCGUCAUCUAUGAGGACCGCAGCUGCUACAAGGUCGAUUACGCACGCUUCCACAAGACCUACGAGGUGCCGUCGACACCCCACUUCAGCGCCAAAGAGCUCGAUGAGAACGCGAGUCGGGCCUCCUCUGUGGUUUCUCCGUUCUCCGCACGCACGGCUUCAAAAAGCGUGAUCCCUUGUUCGGUCAGUACAUUUUGCUACGAGAACGAGGUCGCGCUGAGCUGCGGGGAAGAAGAAGAAGACAUCUUUGACUCUUCUCAAAUUGUAGGGAAGGAGAGAGCAGAGGAGAGAAGGACUUCUGAAGAAUUCCAGAAUAUGUUUAAGGAAACUGCCACCAUGACAUCAGGGAGUCACAACGUCAUGUGUGUUCUGGACAUGGAUAAUAAUCAGAUGGAAUUUGACAUCUUACAGACAGCCAUUCCACUCGAUCCAGUGACCUAUAAGAACGAACCAGAGAUUUGAGCAUGUCUUUUCUGUUUUGCUUCCAUCGUGUGAAGUUUGGCAUUUGAUAUCGAGAAAUCAAAACUCCUUUUGUCUCAUCGGAAUCUUUUCAAUGAAAACAAGUCAUGGGGGAUUUCGCACUUGGAAUAGAGUGGAAUAUCCAAGGUGGAACACAAUCUGAUCCAAAUUGUUGUAAUCAUGAAACCAGGUUUCGCACUGGAAAAGUUGAUUCCAGCAUC